AUGGAUGAUAGCAAUCACGAGUUGGUGAACAUGUUAACUAACCAAAUGGGAACUGUUUUUAAUCCUAUAGUGCAGGAAUCAGCGGAGUCGAACAGACAGGUAGUCGAUCAACUCACUCGACUGUGCAACUUCCUAGGGGCACCUCAGACGCCUGGUCGACAACCCCCUCAAGCCCAUAGGCAGGUUGUUGUGCAUACACCUGCAGGAGAAGAUCAAAUAGAUGAUGAAAUAGCACAACAAAAUCAAAUUCCCAGAAUACGACCAAAUCAAGGUGGGAUACGAGGGAGACACCAGCAAGUCUUGAUGGUGGGUCGACAACAAGACGCUGAUCAGUUUGUCGAACAAUAUCAGCAUGAAGAAGCGGCCAUAGAAAAUAAUCUAACUACGAUUAUCGAAAGGAUUAUGGCCAGAAAUGAACUGAAUACCCCACUACAAAGGCCAACAUACUAUUCCCCGAUGGCUGAAUACAUCGUGCAGACAGAAAACCCUAGAGGUUGCAAAAUACCCAAGUAUACCAAGUUCGGAGGAGAAACAAGAGAAUUGACAGUCGAGCACAUCGCCAGAUAUCUGACUGAAUCAGGAGACAUGGCGAACAACGAAAGUCUCAGAGUGAAACAUUUUCCAUCAUCUCUCACUAAGGCGGCGUUUACAUGGUUCACUACGUUACCUCCAAUUUCUGUCGACUCAUGGCCAAAAUUAGAAAAACUCUUCCACGAGCAAUUUUAUAAGGGACAUUCAAAAAUUAGUCUGGUCGAAUUUUCGAACAUCAAAAGGAGGGUUGCCGAGACCAUUGACGACUACCUAAAUAGGUUUCAUUCACUUAAGGCAAAAUGUCUCACGCAGGUACUUGAACAUGAACUGGUUCAGACGGCUGCAUGA